GAAUAAUUUUUUCAGGAAAGUGACACCUCUUCUUUUUUUUUCUGCCAAGUCUGGGCUCCUUCCAAGAUGCUGUUAGCUAUUCCUAGCCCCUUCCCCAAUACUUCUCUGCCCCCACUUUUUGGAAUCUAUAUCUAGGUUUAAAAAUGGUUAUAGAUCCUGACAUCUUUAAUUAAGGGGACAAAGAAUGGGAUUCUUUUCAGGGGACAUCCACAAGUACACACCUGUGGUCACUAAGGUGACCAACUCAUCCCAGUUGGCCCAGGACUUCCCAAGUUUUAGCACUGAAAAUCCCUUGUCUCGGCCCUAUCAGUUUCCCAACAAACUGAGAUUGUUGGCCUCUCAAGCAGCUACCCUGACCAUCACCCAAGGUUCUAUGUUAGUGACAGUUUACACCUCCCUGCCCCCCAGACGGAAGUCAAAACAGAGCAAAGGAAACCCAGUCCCCAGGGCCAUGCUAGGGCCACCAAAACUGGAGUGAAUUAGAACCUGUGAACUAGAACAGCAGGGAGUAUGCUUAGAGCUCCUGGUCCUGGGUGUGGGGAAGAAAGGCCAUCAAGGGAGAUGUGGAUGGGGAACAGCUUGAAAAAGGAGGCAAGGACAACCCAGUUUCUAUCUGAAGGGUCUUCUGGUUGACCCAGGCUUCUAUCCCCAAACACAGGUCUCAGGGGAUUCUUUCUGUCCUCAUGCACUGGGCAGAGGUUCCCUAACUUCCCCUGUUACAUAUUCCCCAUCUCUCACAGCCUAUGUGGUCAGAAAGCCCUUCCUCAACUCUGACUUCAGUUCUUGCUGUGGUUUCAGCCCAUAUCUUUUUUGUCAUAUCCUCUGCCUGACAGCUACGAAGUCAAUUCUGGUCUGGCUUUUCUCCAAGCACAGCAAUUGGAGGUUCUGGAAAGGAUAAGGACCUCAGUGAUCACCAUUACACUUUACAUAUUUCCUGAGAAGUCAGAGUUGAAAGGGAAGCAGGAAAGCUCAUGGUCAGUUUGAAGGAAGGAAUUUUUAGUUCUUUUUUUUUUUUUUUUUUUUUUUAGAUGGAGUCUCGCUCUGUUACCCAGGCACUGAAGUGCAGUGGCACAACCUUGGCUUGCUGCAGCCUCCACUUCCUGGGUUCAAGCGAUUUUCCUGCCUCAGCCUCCCAAGUGGCUGAGACUACAGGCACAUGCCACCACCCCCAGCUAACUUUUGUAUUUUUAGUAGAGACGGGGUUUCACCAUGUUGGCCAGGCUGGUCUCAAACUACUGACCUCAAGCAAUCUGCCUGCCUCAGCCUCCCAAAAGUGCUGGGGUUACAGGUAUGAGCCACCACACCCGGCCAGGAAUUUUUAGUUCUUAGCUUUUGCAGGAGACUUCAAGGAAAGGAGAUGUUCCUCUGUCCAGGAAAGGGGGAAGGUAACCGUUUCCGCAUUCCUGGUUUCUCCUCUUGGCAGAGUGGGCAUGACAUAUCACUGUUCCUGCUCCCUCAUUCCUGCUCCUCAUGCUCAGGCUGCCUAGCUCAUACUCAGCUUCCUCUGUGUGUCUAAAGUGGAACUGGGUAGUGGGCUGUGGGAAGAUAGGAAAGAGAUGGUACCAAUCUCCUUGCCCAGAUCUCAAAUCCAGGCUCGGCAGGGUAACCACAUGGGCAAGCACAAGGCAAGUGCCUGGGGAAAGGGGAAAUGAUUGGCAUAAUGUGCGAUACCAAAAAGACCAUUUGUAUUUUGGCUUCUACCAAAGAGAAUGGAGAAUUGGUUGACCUAAAUGGAACCAUCCCUUUAAGUAAGGAGAGAGGAGGGGGUGCUGGGAGAUGGCCCUCUUCCCACAACCUAGAUCAUAGCUUGAACUGAAGCCAAGGACAGAGUUCUUCCCCCUUCAGCAUUUACUGACAUGCCUUCUUUAAAUCACGAUGUUAUCUAACCCAAACCCAGACCCAGGACCUAGUCACAGCUCCAACCUACACUUCCUAUUAAUCUGAAAAAAACAAACAAACAAACAAAAAAACUGCAUUAUUAAUGCAAAAAACAAAGAUAUCAGCAUUUUAGCCUCUCAAUCGGAGGCCCAUUUUCCUUCUCUGGCUUCCUUACCUCCUCCUAUAUGAUACAAUUCACUACUUUGUUCAGUUCUCCAGUCUAGACCUGCAUCUUGAGGCCACACCCAGCCUACUCACUCCCCGCACCCCUCUUUCGUCUCUCACUACCCCUUCCUGGUCUCUUCUCAUCUGGCCCCACCUCUGAGGAGUACUCCUGCCUUCUGGGUUGCCCUGGAACACAGACUAUCCCCGCUCCUAGUGAAGAGAGUAGGUGAGGGUUUCAGCCCCACCCUCAGGAAGAUGCAUCUUCCCCCUCCCCUGCUACGUAGUACUUCCUCUCUGGCUGACUUAGCUAACAGCACAUAGACCUGGGGCCAGGCCCUUGGCAUUGGGACUGAUCCAGGGAUAGGCUACACCAGCCUGCCCUGACCCUGGGAUUGGCACCAGCUUCCAACCAGUACCUGCCAAAGCGUGUAAGUCCUCCCGACGGACAUGAACACUACAUCUUCUGCAGCACCCUCCUUGCUAGGUGUCAAGUUCAUCUCUCUGCUGGCUAUCAUCCUACUGUCAGUGGCGCUGGCUGUGGGGCUUCCUGGCAACAGCUUUGUAGUGUGGAGCAUCCUGAAAAGGAUGCAGAAGCGCUCUGUCACUGCCCUCAUGGUGCUGAACCUGGCCCUGGCCGACCUGGCCGUGUUGCUCACUGCUCCCUUUUUCCUUCACUUCCUGACCCAAGGCACCUGGAGUUUUGGACUGGCUGGUUGCCGCCUGUGCCACUAUGUCUGCGGCGUCAGCAUGUACGCCAGCGUCCUGCUAAUCACAGCCAUGAGUCUAGACCGCUCGCUGGCAGUAGCCCGCCCCUUUGUGUCCCAGAAGUUACGCACCAAGGCUUUGGCUCGGCUGGUGCUGGCAGGCAUCUGGGUGGUGUCCUUUCUGCUGGCCACACCCGUCCUGGCGUACCGCAAAGUGGUCUUAAAAUCGAACAACAUGAGCCUGUUAUGCUUCUCGAAGUACCCUACCGAAGGGCACCGGGCAUUCCAUCUAAUCUUCGAGGCCCUCACGGGCUUCCUGCUGCCCUUCCUGGCUGUGGUGGCGAGCUAUUCCGACAUUGGGCGCCGGCUGCAGGCCCGGCGCUUCCGCCGCAGCCGCCGCACCGGCCGCCUGGUGGUGCUCAUCAUCCUGGCCUUCGCCGCCUUCUGGCUGCCCUACCACGUGGUGAACCUGGCCGAGGCAGGCCGCGCGCUGGCCGGCAAGGCUGCAGGGUCCGGGCCCCUGGGGCUGAAGCUGCAACUGGCCCGCAACGUGCUCAUCGCGCUCGCCUUCCUGAGCAGCAGCGUGAACCCCUUGCUGUAUGCAUGUGCUGGGGGCAGCCUGCUGCGCUCGGCGGGCGUGGGCUUCGUGGCCAAGAUGCUGGAGGGCACGGGCUCCCAGGUGUCCAGCACCCGCCGCGGGGGCAGCGUGGGCCAGAGCGUGAAGAACGUCCCUACCGCUCUGGAGCCCGGCCCUGCCGAGAGUCUUACUGCCACCUCCAGUCCUCUAGAGUCCAACGAACUGACCUAGGCCUCGUGGAAGGACACUCACUUUUCUCCUGGCAGAAUGCCAGCUCUGAGCCAGUUCUGAGCCAGGAGCAGCAGGGGUGUGGAGGGCAUUGGGGCGUGGGAGGCGGGGGUGGAGUGGAAGAAGAGGGAGGAAUGGAACAAGUGAGAGCAGAGUGAGAGAGUGCUCCAGCCUGGCUCCCACAGGCAGCUUUAACCAUUAAAAUUGAAGUCUGAAAUUGGGUCAGCCUUGUGAGUGGGGUACAUGUGCUGUGGGUAUCGGGUUGCUUGUGGGCACCCUGGUGGGGCCCCUCUCAGUAGUUGAGAGUCAUGUCCUUUGGUUCCCCGUGAUUUAUAAUUUUGGAAGGGACACAAAGACAGACAUAGACUGUCCCCAACCCAGGUGAUUCCAAGUCCAUAGUCUGCAGAUCAUACUUAGCAAAAUAUAGUCCACAGACUCCAAAAGCAGCUUGUCUAGGAAGACCACCCAUGUAGUUUUAUCACUCCAGGCCCUGUGACUCAGGGACAUUUUGAGAAAAUAGAACUGCUGUGAAACAUCUUCCCUGAAGCCUGUGAUAGGUAUCCUUGUUAGCAUGACUCUAACUUCCUGCCAAUAAUCUUUGUCCUCUCCAUAGGAGAUGUUCUAGGGGAUUGCCUUCCUUCCCCCCAUUUCACAAGGAAACCAGACUUGAGGACCAAGUCAUUAGAUCUCAUCCCUUAGAAUUCUGCACAUCAGCAUCUGCUAACCUCCACAACACACUCUGGCACAGGGUGGGGCUGAGGGCCCCAGGAAACAAAGAUUCCCAAAAGUGAGAGGGAUAAGUCAUUAUUUCCUAGAGAUGACUGUUGUUGUAGAGAAACUUGGUCCAGCUCUGUUCUGACAAGGUUUUAGGAAGAUGGCAACAAUAGUGGCAGCAGUGUACUUUUUGGCUCUUUCUCAUUAAAAAAAAAAAACACCAAAACAGCAAGUAGGAGAGUGAAGCCAAAUAUCCACAUGCAACGUCCACAACAAAUCUAGUAUAUUAAGAUAUCUCCCAUGGACCCCAAAAUAUGAGCCAGUGAGAAUGAGCCAUCGAUACCUCAAGACCCAUGUACCAGCAUCUGUGCAGAAGGAUGCAGAAGGAAGCAAAGGGAUAUCGGAUGGACCUCUAAACUGUCCACAGGUCCUUACUGGAAAGCAUGAUGUACCAAUCUGAGAACAGCAGCUGAAACUGGGAGGGACCUAACAGAUUAUUUCCCAGACCUCUUGCCCAUUCUGUAUAGUGAGCACAUAAUAGGUACUUAUUUAGUGUUUGUUGAAUGAAUAAAGUUCAAAUGACAUUUCCCUGGA